AUGGAACACCAAACGGACAGAACAGGAAGGCCUGGUGAUGGCAGGAAAGUGAGGAAAGUGGAGGUAGUCAACGACAAGAAGUACCAGAAUCUGGACAAGGCCAAGUUGCUAGAUAAGAUCGAUGAUGAUAUCCAAGAGUUGAACCUCUUGAAGAGCAAGCUCCGGCGUCUGGAGGAGAAUAAGUUUCAAAUGCAAGAGAGAAUCAAGAUUCUCGACUCUGAAGAGAAGAAGGCAGAGUCUAGCAACACGUCUGAUAAUGAGACGCCGUCCCCCGCUGAUUGGAAGGAUAACACGCAUACACAGAUCAUCAAGGCGUCGGAGUCAAGACAGUACAGACAAUACGAGCUAGCGUUUGACCGAGUGAAGCUUUUCUACAAGGAGCAGCAUCAAAAACAAACCGUUGCUUACAACAUCCAGGCACGAAUCAACUUCAAGUCAAAGAUAAGGGACCGUAUGACUGUCUGGGAGGCGUUGAUGAAACUCAACAAACUCCUGGACGAGUCUGAUCCGGACACAGAGCUGUCGCAAAUUGACCAUUCCUUGCAAACUGCAGAGGCCAUUCGAAAAGACGGGAAACCAAGAUGGUUUCAGUUGGUGGGAUUAAUCCAUGACUUGGGGAAACUUCUUUAUUUCUACGACUCACAGGGCCAGUGGGAUGUUGUUGGGGACACUUUCCCAGUUGGAUGCAAGUUUUCGAAGAAGAUCAUCUACCAUGAAUAUUUCAGGGACAAUCCAGAUUCUAAGAAUCCUUUAUAUCGGACAAAAUACGGAAUCUAUACGCCACAUUGCGGGCUUGAUAACGUGAUGUUAAGCUGGGGACACGAUGAGUAUAUGUACCAUUUAGCAAAGGAGCAAACGACAUUGCCCCCAGAGGGGUUGGCCAUGAUACGGUACCAUUCUUUCUAUCCGUGGCAUUCCGAAGGAGCCUACAAAUACCUAAUGGAUGAAAAGGAUAAGGAGCUGUUGGAAUGUGUGCAGGCGUUCAAUCCCUAUGAUUUGUACUCAAAGUCGGAUAUCAGAUACGAUAUCGAGGAAUUAAAACCAUAUUAUCUCGAACUAAUUGACGAGUUUUUCCCUAAUAAAAUAGUGGAGUUUUGA